GAAAUUUUACAAUUUUUUCCCACCAAAAACGUUUCCCUCUUUUUUUCUCCCUCCCUCCCUCUUCCCCCAACCUUAGGCCUCCGCCCACCGCCAUCUACUGCCGCUAGCGAACGCCACCCACGCCACCACCGGCGACGCCCACCGAGUUGAAGAAGUGAAGUUGGCAACAGUUUCUGCAUCAAAUCGUAAAAACGAAAGCUAUUAUUGUCGGCUACAAUUUCUGCAUCAAAUCCUGAAGACUAAGUUGGGGUUUGUUUUUCGUUGAAUUGAAAUAUGUAUGGGAGAAAGGCUUGCCAACUGGUGAAAGAACUUGCAAGCGCUGAAAAGGGGCAGCUCACGCCUUGCAAUAGCGACCUGUUUGAUCAAGUGGCUGCUGAAUGUAGUCAACAUCACCUUGAGCUUCAGUCCUUGAUAAGGAAAAUCCAGGAAGAAGGAUUGGAUGUCCAAACAACUAGAAAUGCAGACCACUAUGGAGCCCUCAUCCACCACCUUUCUUUAGUUCGCAAUAAGCGGUGUCUAGUGGCAUACGUGUACAACAGAGCAGAAAUUAUACGAAGUUUGAUAUGGAAGGUAGGGCCUGUGCUUCCUCCAGAAAUUCAAGAGAAACUCAAUCACACAGAGGAAGAUUAUUUUAAGAAACUUUCUACUGCUUUGCAAGCAUACAUGUCGAGACUUGACCUUGAUUUGACUGUGGAUAUGGUGCCUCCCAAAGAUCCCUACAUUCAGGUGAGAGUUCUUGAUGAUAUUGGUGUGGUACUCAGUGAUGAUAAGACGACCAAUUUUGCUCGUCACUCAAUGCACUUCCUUAAACGAACGGAUGCUGAGCAAUUCAUCUCACGGGGUUUGAUGGAGGAGCUCACAGGCUGACUUAGCAACCUUAUUUUCUAUGUAGUCUUUUUCUUUAUAAAUAAAGUAGAAAUGUAGAUAAGAGAUGGGUUGUGUUUAAGCAUUGGUUAACUAUGAAGGUGCCCCUUUUAUUUUAAUUUUUCAUACGUUCCUUGACAAUCUUGCCUUGAUUAAUGGGGUUUUAUAAUUUUUAUUGCUUUCCGUACUGUGUACAUUU